AUACCCAGGUGCUGGAGAAGCUCUGGGGGUCACGCCUGUGCUCCUGGUAUACCAUGGGCUCCUCUGACGCCUUCCUCGGGGCUGGGACAUCCCGCCCUGGUGCCCACAGUGCAACAGGACGCCAGGCCCCUCGGGUGCGUUUUCCAGAAGGGCUUCUCACCGGCACAGCCAGUGCUGUCGGGGGAGCGGGGCUCAGCUGACGGGCACCAACCACCCUCUCUGUUUUCCUGUUUAGGAAUGUGGGUACCAGCCGGACAGGCAAUCGGUGGCUAUGGACCGCCCCCUGCGGGAAGAGGAGCCCCCCCACCGCCGCCACCGUUCACCUCUUACAUUGUGUCCACCCCUCCCGGAGGCUUCCCCCCUCCUCAGGGCUUCCCACAGGGCUACGGUGCCCCUCCACAGUUCAGCUUUGGCUACGGGCCCCCGCCUCCACCGCCGGAUCAGUUUGCCCCACCUGGGGUCCCUCCUCCACCUGCUACUCCAGGGGCAGCACCUCUGGCCUUCCCACCGCCUCCGUCUCAGGCCGCCCCCGACAUGAGCAAGCCCCCGACGGCCCAGCCAGACUUCCCCUACAGCCAGUACGGUUACGGACAGGACUUGGCCGGCUUCGGACAGGGCUUCUCAGAUCCCAGCCAGCAGCCCCCCUCGUAUGGGGGCCCCUCAGUGCCGGGCUCGGGGGGCCCCCCCGCCGGCGGAAGUGGCUUUGGACGAGGGCAGAACCACAACGUGCAAGGAUUCCACCCGUACCGACGCUAGCUGGCCGGCGCCGUGUGGACGUCAGGGCGGCCGAGACCCAGGAUUUAAAACUUGUGAACUCGUGACAAUCACAAACUUGGCAGAAAAAUAGCGGCUCACCGUUGGGGGGAGGGGGGCGAGAGGCUUUUGGAGGCGGCUGUGGGUGUCUGGACUGAAGUUUUUAAACAUAUUUCUUUCUCUAACCCAUCAGCACAAUAAAAAAAAGUCACUGGUUCAACAACAGGGUUUAAAAAAAAUGUCUUCAGCUUUAAUUCAAAACUUCAGGUUUCUUUUUCUUCCUUUUUUUUGAAAUUAUUUUCCUGAGCCUUUUGUUUUACCGUAUAUUGUAAACUUUUAUGUUAAAGAAAAAAUAUACAUUUACAAAUUGUGAGAUUUUUAAGAGAAAUUUUCUACGAUGUAUACUGGCUUAUUUUUUAAUUUAAAGCAGGGUUUCCGUCGGCACUGGUGGCAGUGAGGGGCGUUUCAGUGCCUCACUCCUGGCUUUGAGGGUCGGGGCUUGUUGGUCCAGAAACUCUGGGAGCUUACAGAAAAAGUCUACUGAGCGUGUUUUGUUUUUUGUUUAUUCCUUGCUUUUGUCGACUGACCUGCCUGGCAGCGCCCGCAGGUGCGCCGUGGGGGCCGCGCCCGCCCAGCCUCUGCCGGCGCCGCCCCGCGUCCGCCCCGGCAGCAAGGACAAGGAGGCCUUGUCAGCCGCUCUCCCGCGCACGUGGUUUCAGGGCGUCCCCACCGACCAGUUUGACCCUGGUUUGAAUAAAGAGAAGUGCGUUUGGAUUAGAAA